AUGGUUCGUAACGGCCUAGCCCUUUCUUUCCUUGAAAGCCGUUUUCCAGAAUCAAAUAUCAGUCCUGCUACUGGAAAAGCGCAUUGGAUCUCACUCCUCCCUUUCCUGCCGGUGGAAGUGAAAGCUCUUGAAAGCGCUACUGCCGCCCUGUCUACUGCGGCUUUGGGCCGCCUCCACUGCAGCCCAGUCUUAGUCAGAGAAAGUCUCAGACUAUAUACACAGGGACUUCGAGAACUUCAGAUUGCCUUGUACAGCCGCAAAUUGAUGCACCAGACGGGGACUCUGGCCGCCUGCAUGGCGCUCACUAUGUAUGAAAUUCUGGAAUGCCCCGACAACAAAGCCGAUGGGUAUGCGAGCCACUGCCAAGGGAUUUUGGCCUUGAUUCGCUCGCGUGGGGUCUCUGCACAUACGUCUUUUGUAGAUCAUUCCCUGUUCCUCGGCGCUCGUUUCUUUGGUAUUUUCUACUCCCUGGAACGUCAGGUAUCCACUUUUCUCUCUCGUCCGAUAUGGAUAGAAGGACCGUGGAAAGACUUACCAAAAACUCCGUUGGACCGCAUCACCGACUGCCUGACGCGUGCCCCUGGUAUUCUUCAAGAAACCCUCUGUUUUCCCUUCUUGACCCAUUCGCAGAAACUCAAAUUAGCACAAAAACUAGCGAAGCAGUGCUGGGAAAUAAGUAAUACCCUCGAGUCAAUAUAUGAUGAAAUCGUCGCUUCCUCUCCUUACUCCCUUUACUGGCCCGAUGCAUCUCUUGCCGACAAUAUCUCCAACCAUAUCGAACUUCAGAAACCGUUCACCAUAUCAUAUCGCUUCCCUGACUUACGUACUGCCGCUACGGUGAUAUUCUAUUGGGCCACGUCAGUCAUGGUAUACUCUGGCCUCUGCAAUCUACACGAUAUGAUUGACCACCUGUCCCGCGAUGAACCAGAAAACACAAUACCCAGAGAUACAUCUUUAAUUUCCGUUUCACGAGGUGAAACUGGAAGUGACAACAGCGGUUACCCCCGGCUGGGACACCGCAGAAACUACCGGGAACUAGUGAGCCAUGUAUGCCGUUCAGUUGAAUAUGCGUUACAGGAUAGCUUUGUCCUGUGGGGGGCUGCCUUCAUGUCCUCGUGUAUUGGACUCAUAGUUGGCAGCAUCCGGGAGAAUCCAGAGUUUAGUCAUGAAGUUGCUUGGAUGAGAGAGGUUCUGAAGAUUGUGCAGAAGAGGGGACUGCGACUGUUGACGCACACAACACCAUGA